AUGUCGCUCGGCCACAACCACCACGCCUGGCUCCCGCCAGGAAUUCCACGUCCUCCCGAUGAUUCUCAAGACUCGAAGCUUGCCAAUGGCUAUCCGAAAUCCGUUUCCGGUUCGCGAACGCCUCUCGUGCGCGGUUCCUUUGCGGCCGACGGGUCUCACGCGGGCAAUUCGAUAUCGGAGACGGAUAUCGCCGUCGAGGAGGAUCCGCGCAUCGCCGUUUUCAGAGAUCUGUAUAAACGCAGCGAGGCGAAAAUAGGCUCGUUGUUUGAUAGGGAUCGUAACGUUGAGGAUGAUGCCGGCGACGCUGCGCUGCCUGUCGCGGAUAUUGGCGACCCCGAGACUAAGACCUUACGCGCUGACGAACCGGCCGCGCCUCCACCGCCUCCCCCGAAGAAGCCUGCGAGGAAGUUAGACGAUGAUGACUAUGACGAUUAUGACGAGGAUGAAGAGACGGAGGAGCCUCCUGCUGCUGAACCCGCUCAAUCGCCGACGAAGGCCAGGUCGUCGCUUGCCGCGCCGUCAUCCCAGGAUCUUGGUGGUACCCCGUCGCCGGGUCAUCGUGCUAGUUUCGCGACGUCUACUGGUGCCGAUGGCUCGAAGGAGAUGAAAAAGGAGACGCUUGAGGAGAUCCGGAAGAAGUUGGAGGAGGAUAAGAGGGCCACCGAGGAGGCUGCGAAGCGAAGCUUUCAUACCCUUUUUUACACGCUGGAAAACGAUCGCGAUGCGAUGCUGGAUCAAAAGCGACUGGAGGAAUCGGAGCGACAGGUCGAGGCGGAGAUGUCUGGACAAGCCAAUGCUGGCAAUGACAACGCGAACUCGACCCAGAGCGGCUAUGGUUCGCUAAGUAGCGCGAACCUGGGUGCUUCCAGCUUGACCUUGAAGAACCUGAUCGCGCGAAUCGAUAUGAAGCGGACAAUGGUUCAAGCAUCCGACGCGGAACUCCGCAGCUUGAUGAGUGAGGUUCGCAAGAACCGGAGCAAAUGGGCCAGUGAGGAUAAGAUCGGUCAGGAGGAGCUCUACGAGGCAGCGGAAAAGGUCCUCAGCGAACUCAAGGCUAUAACUGAGCAUUCUACUGCGUUCUUGACUCGUGUCAAUAAGCGCGAUGCGCCUGACUACUACAACAUAAUCAAACAUCCAAUGGAUCUGGGAACAAUGACCAAGAAGCUCAAAGCCUUGCAAUACAGGUCCAAACAAGAGUUCGUGGACGACCUGAACCUGAUUUGGGCUAAUUGCUUCAAAUACAACACGACCGCCGAACAUAUCCUGCGCAAGCAUGCCAUGUACAUGAAAAAAGAGACGGAGAAGGUCGUUCCUCUCAUCCCUGAUAUUGUCAUCAGAGACCGUGCAGAGGUCGAGGCGGAGGAACGCAGACUUCAAAUGGCAGACCUCGACGGCGCGGAAGAAAGUGACGAUGAACCUAUCAUGUCUUCGAGGGGCAGAAAAGCUCCCGGAAAGUCGGCUGCUAAGAAGGGCGCUGCUCCUGCUAGGAAUACUCCCAGUGGUUCUGAACCACCUGGUGCCGCAUCCUCACAGCCGCCGCCUCCUGUACGUGCGGACUCUCACGUCGAUACGGAAGGCACGCAGAAUGGAUUCGGAACACCGCCACCAAGUACUCAGACGCCAGACCCUGCGGCUGGCAUGCCCGCGAGCCAAGACGAUUCCAUGGAGAUCGAUGGCAUGGUCACUUCCAACGCAGCGCUAAGUGCCUUAUCCGCAUCAGGUGUGGAUGUGGAGGAUCCGGAGUACAAGGUCUGGAAGCAAGUCACGAAAAAGGAUCGGGCUAUAAUCGCGGCAGAACGUCACCGUCUGUUCAAGGGCGACAAACUCAAUUCUGACGAACCGGCUUUGCUUAGAACAAAGGCUGGUAUGAGAAGAUGGUUGCUCAGCCAGACGCAAGCCCAUCACGAUGGCGAUAAAGCCCGCGAGUCUUCUUCACAAGGGAUGGAAUCUGAUGAUGCCGGCAAGACUCUUGCGGAAGGCAUUGAAGUGGAAGAGGAUAAAGUAAUUCCCGACUACUACGAUGUCAUGUCUGGCAUUCCCGAUCUACCUGACCAGAUACUCUGGAGAGAAGAUUCUGAUGGGAACAUUGUCGAUGCGUCUGAAGAGUUUUUGCGGAUCCUGCCCAAGGGAUCGUUUACUCAACCGGACAGCAAAUUUACUCAUAAGCUGAAUGCGAACAUGCGGCAGAUGCAAGAAACGCGGAAAAUCUGUUCGAAAAUUGGUAUCGUGAAGCAGAUGCAACUGCAGUCUCAGAUGUAUCAAAACCAAUUCCAAAAGUAUAAUCCGGAACCAUUCGUCGAACAAGAUAUCCCAUCUCAUGUGAUGAACGAUCAAGGGCCUGUGACUUCUCCUUGGAUUUGCAAGUCAGCACUCCAGCGCUCUGUCGCCAAGUUGUUCUACCAUGCUGGCUUUGAAGAAUACCAGCCUUCAGCGCUUGAUGCUGUCACGGAUGUUGCGUCAGACUUCUUCCAGAAGAUCGGCGAAACCCUGAAGUCCUACAUGGAGGUUCCCAAAGUGCCUUCUAGCGAUUCGCCUGAGAGUACAACCCAGAACUCCCAAUGGAAGCGGCCGUACACGGAGCCAGAGAUUGUUCUCCACACCCUUUCCUCUGUCGGCAUCGACAUCGAAUCUCUCGAGUCUUACAUCAAGGAUGAUGUGGAAAGACUUGGAAGCAAGCUCGCAACUGUCCAUGAUCGCAUGAAAUCCCUGCUUUCUGAACUUCUGCGUCCCGCUCUUGCUGAGGGCGGUGAAGACGGUUCCCAUGCCUUUGCGGAUGGAAGUGAUCAAUUUGCCAGCGGCGACUUUGCUGAAGAUAUCGAUGAAGAUUUCUUUGGCUUCAAGGAACUCGGAUUGGACAAGGAGUUUGGUCUCGCUACGUUGAGUGUUCCGUUCCAUCUUCUGCAGAACAGGAUCAGUGCUGUGCAGUCCCAGAACACAAGCUCUACGCAAGUCAUAAACAUCUUCCCCCCACCAUCGCAGUACCCACGCAUCACGACCGAGUCAUUAUCAUCACAAAUCGGGCUCGUGCAAGAAUUCUUCAAGAACAAGUUGGAGGCGCACAACAACGACCCUCUCGUCGAAGACCUCGAGCUACCACCCAAACAAAGGCCAACAGCCACUCGACCUCGUCUUCCAGCAUCUGGCAAGAUUGCUCCCCCGUCUAACCUCGGAGGACCUACCUUGAGUCCAAGCAAGCGACCGGCGCCGCCAAGUGCCUCAUUUGGUUCCAAAUCCGGUAUCUCAGAGCCCAACAAGAAGAAGAUCAAGAAGAAUAAUGGUGCGGGUAUGGGCAUUCCGGAAGACGAAAACAGCGGCGGUAUCGAUGGCGCGAAGCCUGACUCCAAUGCGAAGACCAACGAUGCUAAUGGAGAAGACGACGCUGCGGCUUCUUCGUUUGGUGACAUUGGGAACUCGAAGAAUGGAGUGGACAAUUCGGCCAUGUCUGAUGGCGCUGGUGAGCUUGACGAGCAGGCGAACAAGGCCGGUGACGGCGCUGUGCCUCUAACUAAUGGAACUGCGGGCGAUGCAUCAUGA